AUGUCGGCCACUCCUGCUGUCUCCCAAACUGUGUCCACUGUGGAUAUCGUCGAAGAUGCGCGCACCGUCGUGGACUCGCGCUCGGAAACGAUCUCCCUCACGGACCAAACGAACCUCCUCCCGCGCAGGAAGGUCGUGGCAGUCUUCGGUGGUCUUUCGCUCUGCAUCCUCGUCUCAUGCCUGGAUUCAACCAUCGUCGCCACCGCCCUCCCAACGAUUGCUGCUGCCUUCAACGCGGGCUCGGUCGUCUCCUGGGUGCCGUCGGCGUACUUCCUCACGUCCACCGCGUUCCAGCCUCUCUACGGGCGCUUCAGCGACAUCUUCGGCCGAAAGGCCGCGCUGUGUUUGGCAAUGGGCAUCUUCAUGGUCGGCAACCUCGCCGCCGGCUUCUCGCGCACGAUCAUCGAGGUCAUCGUUCUCCGUGGUUUUGCCGGCGUGGGCGGGGGUGGCAUCGUCAGCAUCGCGCAAAUUGUGAUAUCAGACGUUGUUUCCCUCCGCGAUAGGGGUAAAUACCAGGGCAUCAUCGGAGUGGUCGUCGCGUUCGGCUUUGCCGUCGGUCCAUUACUCGGUGGUGUCAUCUCAGAGAAGGUUGGCUGGCAAUGGUGCUUCUGGGUCACGCUGCCCGUCUCUGCUGUCGCAAUCCCCUGCGUCGUCCUCGUUUUGCCGCUGAAGAAGGUUGGGGGCGACUUCCGCAGGAAGCUCGCGGUCGUCGACUAUCUGGGAACUAUCCUCACUUUGGUGGGGUGUGCGCUCGUCACAUUGCCUCUGAUCUGGGCAUGCGGGGGAGUGACCUUCCCGUGGUCAUCUCCUGUCGUCAUUGCCCCUCUGGUCGCGGGUUUCUUCGUUAUCGCGCUCUUCUGUCUAUGGGAAUGGAGGGGAGCGCGUCUUCCCAUUGUGCCGAUGUACAUUUUCAAGCAGAUCACAGUUAUUGGUGUUUACCUCACCAUGUUCUCAAACGGCGUCAUCUUCUACUCUUCACUGUACUACCUUCCCCAGUUCUUCCAAGUCGCGCUCGGAUACUCUGCCGUAAGGUCAGGGGUGUUCCUGCUCCCAGUGCUCGUAAGCCAAACAACGGCUAGCUUCUGCUCGGGUCAAAUUGUCAGCCGGACAGGCAGGUACCGGACCAUCAUCUACAUGGGCUUCGCCAUCUAUGCAAUCGGCUGUGGAUGCUUGUCCACGGUGAAGCCGUCGACACCCCAGGGACUGCUUGUGUUCUUCAUGCUCAUCACCGGGGUCGGCGCAGGGGGAACUCUCCAGACCACCACCGUCGCUGCGCAAGCGAGCGUGUCGCGCAAGGACAUGUCCGUCGUCACCGCGGUGCGCAACUUCAUCCGCCUCCUCGGCGGCACCUUCUCCCUCGCCAUCGGCGCCACGAUCACGAACAACGCCCUCCGCAGCGAGAUGGCCAAGCUCGGGCUCCCCGCGUCCGUCAUCUCCGCGGUCGUCGACGACCCGACCGCGCUCAGCGCGCCCACGUCCGCGUCGGACGCGGUGCGGCUGCCCGCGGACGUCGCGGCGCGGGUGCUGGACGCGUACGUGCGCGGCUUCCGCGUGGUGUUCCUCCUCAACGCCGCGCUCGCCGCGCUCGCGACGGUCGUGGCGGUGUUCAUGAUCAAGCACACCGAGCUCACGCGCGGGGACGAGGCCGAGCUGAAGAAGAAGGCGGAGGAAGAGGACAGGGUCGAGAGGGAGAGGAAGAAUACGGGGCCGUCGAGGGCGGAGACGCCAGCCUUGGGAGAGAAGGUGGAGGUUUGA